AACAUCCGGGCUACUUCCGGUGUCUCCUGGCUUGUUGAAUGGCAAUGUUAGCACCACCAUGCUAAGUAGUAGUUCAGUUCUAGUAAAACAUAACCUUGCCAUUUUAACUUUCUUUAACCGACAUUAAUUGAGCGGUGAUAGGAGGAUAAAAGCUUCACUUUAUUUAUGAUAGAAAGCUGAUUUAUUCUCAAUAAACCCCGCCGGGCUUCAUUCACAUCACCCUGUAUACAAACACUAACGUGAGGUGCAGGAGUCUUCUUCUGUUCCCCACUUCAUUUCAGUACGAGGACUUCUCACAACCGCCCCGGCCCCUGUUCUUCUAUCAUCCCAGACAUAAUGCCAUCGAGGAAUCAUCUUGACAAAAUCGGGAGGAAGACAAAGAAGAAAUGGACAGAGGAGGCGAUGGAGCGAGCUCUGAUUGAGGUGAAGUCGGGGAGGUGCACGGUGAGACAGGCGGCCAAGCAGUUCGGUGUUCCUAAAUCUUCUCUGGGGGACAGAGUCAGUGGACGGGUGACACCAGGGUGUCGUAGCGGGCCAGCUCAGCUUAUAACAUCAGCAGAUGAAGAACUGCUGGUGGAGUUCUCUUUAUAUAUGUCCAAGCAUGGAUUCCCACUGACAAAGCAGCAGCUGGUGUCUUUUGCCUCGUCCAUUUAUAAGCGGCAGCACCGCAGGGUGGCGUUCUCUAAACUAGGCCAGACCUGGUGGCUGAAUUUUCGAAAACGUCAAGAAAAGAAUUUAACAAUUCAGCCAGCGGACAAUGUGGUCCGAGGGAGGACGGUGUGUGUAAGGAAAGAAGCAGUAGAUGAGUUUUGUCACUUACUGAGCACUGUGAUGGACGCACGUGAGCUCAGAGACAAACCUCAACAGAUCUUCAACUGCAAUGAGACAGGUUUCCAGCUCGGCAGGAAGAGGGUGAUUCUUCCCAAAGCUGCCAGUCAGGGCUUCAAACCAACAUUAGGCCUGAGAGACCACAUCUCUGUCCUGGCUUGCUUUAAUGCAGCUGGAGAGGAUAUUCCCCCAUUUAUUAUCUACUCAAAAGCCUACCCAGGAGGAGUUUGUUACAAAACACAAGGACCUCCUGAUGCCCUCUAUGGAUGGUCAGACUCGGGGUGUAUCAACUCUGAGCUUUUCAAGAAAUGGUUUCUUAAACACUUCCUCCCCCGCGCACCAAAGGAGCGCCCGCUGCUGCUUAUUUUCGACGGUCACAAGUCCCCCGUGAACCUGGAGGUGGUGGAAGCAGCUCGUAAAGAAGAUGUCAUCCUUCUCUGCCUUCCUCCUCAUUGCUCCCACAUCCUGCAGCCACUGGAAGCAGGCCUCUUUGUCCUCCUGAGGCAGCGUUUCGCAGCGCUCAUAGGCGACGGAUGUGCCACAGACUCACACUUUGCAGUCAGCAAGAAAGAGUUCUCAGGUGUAUUUAAAGCGACGUAUCAGGUGGUGGAGGAGGAAGAUGGUGUCAGGACUGUGAAGGAGGGCUUUAGGAAAUGUGGCAUUUAUCCGCUGAGUCAUUUCGCCAUAAAUGAUGGUCAUUUAAUGCAGUCACACGGCAUAGAGUCAGCAGCUGGAGGCUCCUUGUCCACAUCAGCACAGGGGCUGCACAGUUUAGAAGACAUUACAGCGGCUGGACCUUCCUCUUAACUCCUCACCGCCUAUAACUCAUCAGUCAACUGUCAGGAAGAGAGACUGACUGAUGUAUUUUAACUUUAAUAUGCACAAAUUAAUUCAGUUAUCUGACAUACUGAAUGGGUUUCCUGCUUGAGUAUUGUGCUCCUUGUAGAGGAGUCAGGCCUAUGUGGAAAUAGCAGUCUGUGCUGAUGAUUAUAAGAACAAGGUUGAAACACAAAUUUCGAUUUCUGAUACAGAAAUCUGUGGAAAAAUGCAUUUGCCUUAACCUCUUCGGGCCCUCAUAAAGUAAAUAUAAUGGAACUGAUACAGACAAAAGAAACACUCUUUCAUCCAACUGUUCACAAAUCACAUCCAUAUAAAGCCUGCAAGGAGGAGUUGGAAGUACAAGAUGCUUGAUUUUCAGGCAUCAGAAGCCUGAGCGCCUUAGAACUACUACUGUACAACACACUAACUUAUUUAACAGCUCUGUCUGUUUGUGUGUGAACAAUGCCCAGCCAGCUAGCUAAGCUAACUCACAUCAAGCGGUAUGAACAAAUAAAUGUUGUGCGUUUGUUGUCUAUUUUGAUGGAUCCAUGAUAGAAAGCGGCGAAUGAGUCUACAUGCUGCAUGAUGUUCUCCAGCUUUCUGGACUCAUUCAGCUCGAAUAACAUUUUACAGCACAAUAUCAGACUACUGUUUUUCAAAGGCAAGUAUCCAAGGAGAACAUUUGCACAGAGAUCUACAGAGACUCUUGAAACUUGUAAUGAAGUGAUCUUUUCUCUGUGUUGUCCAGUCAAGCUGUGAAACACAUGCACAGAACAGAGUGGUGAACAGGGCUUUUCUGAUACUGAUAGAGGAGAAAUGAUACCAUGUCUGUGUAACCACUCAGUUGGGAAUGUAUUAUUCCUUUUCUAAAAUACUCUGAUAUAUUGGAGCCAUAAAGUAGUCAAAGACGAGUGUUCUGUUCUGUAUAAAAAGAUGCCACUGGGGAAAAAUACAGUCUUUUUAUGAUUUGGGGAUGGGUGUGUUUUUACAUGAAUGUGUUUAUUUAUGUCACCUUAACUAUUCUCAUGGAAGAAUGGAUCUUAUAGGGAUUGUCUCAGGGACAAAAAGCCUGAAUAAAGGUAUUUAAUAACUGUUGUUGCUGCA